GCGGAGGGCAGGGAGCUGAAAACCCAAAAGAUACAGCAAAAAUACGCAGAGAUGGCAGAUCCGAGCGGGCGGCGGCCGCGGUACCACCCGGCGGUGAACGACAUCCUGUCCACGCUCGCCGACGCCAGCGCCUCCCUCGCCGACGUGCAGCGCCGCCUCGACCUCGAGUUCCGCGCCUCCUACCCCGACCCUGCGAACCCGGCGAAGCUGGUGGCGCGGGUGAAGCGGCUGCAGGAGGAGGUGGCCGCGAUCAAGGAGCUCUGCCGCGACAUCCUCACCCAGAAGCAGGAACUAAUCGAUCGGAUACACAUGAGCCUGAUGGCGCAGCGCAGCACGACGCGGCGGCUGCUCGCCGCGUCCGGGCUGCCCUCCCUGUCCGACGCCGACGAGGCCGCCCACAAUAGCCUCAACACGGUGAUCGACGAGUGGACAGCUCACGUGAAUCCCAUCACAGGGAAGAACAAGGCAAAAGAUGCCAACCAGAUCCUCUUCUCGACGAUCAUAUAGAUGCAGAGCAGUUUUGCGGCGAACUUGUCCAUAACAACGAUGUGGUUGUGUUGCAUCUGUAGUGAGUUCUUGGUUUGCAAUGUUGUUCUCUGCUCGGAAUUUAUCUCUUUUUAGCGUUGUAAAUGAGUAUCAACUAGUACCUUCGUCUUGUUUGCUAAGUCAACGUGUGGAGCAUUGGUAAUUUGCUGUUUUAUAGUAUCUCUGUAAAAGGUGUUUUCAACUCAAAGCUUCAAUAAAAAUUAAAUGAACUGGUGCAUGUGAAAAUCACCAAAAUGUCAAA